AUGAAGUUCAUCGAGGUCAAAGCUGCCGAGAAGUCGCUUAAGGGCGCCUCACGGAUCUACGUCAACAAGGAGGUUCUCUAUGAACUAGUAGGCACAGCCCUCGAGAAUGGAAAGCCCUGCACCGUCGAGAAGACCCUGGCAGAUGGCCAGGUGAUCAGGCAGGAGGCAUCGCUGUGGGUGGCAGCUGAUCCCAAGCUGAGCCGCGCCGUGUCACAGAUGAGCAAGGCGUAUCAGGAUGCUUGUGAUUUCAAGCUGGGCGACCAGGUCAAGAUUGUCUAUACCGAUGGCAAGACUAUACCAGAAGCUGAGGAGGUUAUGUUGGAGGAGGUAACCACGGAUCAGCAGCCAGCCAUCAAGGAGGAAGACAUGUCCUUUUGGGAGAGAUCGGUUAGGGGCCACCUGAUGGGGUUGGACCAUGUCUUUCCUGGCUUGACGCUCAAAAGGAUCUUCGAAGACCAGACCUAUCGUAACUUCAAGAUCAUCACCGUCAAUGGGACAGGCACAAUUAAUGCGCGCUUCGACCCAGACUCAACAAAGGUCCGGAUCCGGACGGCUGGCGAAACUGGGGCGGCCGAGGCGCGUCCAGCACGGCCAGCACGAUUGAGGGUCGACAACAUCCAGGGUCUUGAGCACCAGAUACAAGAACUCAACAAGAUUUUCCGAACAUGGACUGGACAGCUGCGGUCUCGAGCAACCCCAAAGUCCUGUGGGCUUGUCAUUCACGGUGGACACGGGACUGGCAAGACGCUGCUCCUGAACCACAUCGCCCAGAGCGGCUGGGGCACCGUGCACCGGAUCCAGCCCAGCGACAAACUCUCGUCCAUCACCGAGACGUUCCAACGGGCCAGAGAGAGCCAGCCCAGCAUCCUUGUCAUGGACAGAUUCGAGCAGCUCAUCGACAAAGACCGCAGUAACCGGAACGCAGUGAUCCAGACUGUCGGCGAGUUCUUGGAUAGGCUGGUCGAGGAUGCCACGGCCAAGAACGAACGGCCCAAGGUUUUGAUCCUCGCAGCGUGCUUAGAUUACCUGACGGAUAUGCCCCAAGAUCUGACAGAUAUGGGGCGUUUUGAGAAGCACAUCAACCUGCCCCUGCCGGACACGAACCGAAGGAGAGCCAUCUUGUCGAGUUUCGAUAUGCCUCUACCGCCGAGCUUGAGAGAAGAUAUGCUGACACGCCUAAGCGAGCGGACGCAUGCAUACAACGGCAAAGACUUGGCGAAGCUAGUUGGAGAAGCCUCUGAGAUGUGGGAGGUCAGGCUGGCGGAAUUGGAGGAUGCUGGGAGUAUCAUCUCAUCAGAGGACGAGUUUAUUUCUGAGGCCAUUCUUCUGCAAGCCAUGCAGACCAUUCGGCCCUCUGCAAUGCAUGACAUCAAUCUGAAGCCACCACCAGUCCACUGGGACGAUAUUGGGGGGCAAGAUGAGGUCAAAAAGUCUCUACAGGAAGCCAUCGCUCUUGCCACAGUCCCCAAAGACAAACUGCUUCGCUACACCCCCAACCCACCCAAAGGCUUCCUCCUGUACGGCCCCCCAGGCUGCUCCAAGACCAUGGCAGCACAGGCCCUAGCCACCGAGGCAGACCUCAACUUCUUCGCAGUCAAGGGCGCCGAGCUGCUCAACAUGUACGUCGGCGAGUCCGAGCGCCAAAUCCGACAGCUCUUCCAGCGCGCCCGCGAGGCCGCGCCGAGCAUCAUCUUUUUCGACGAGAUAGACUCUAUCGGUGGACAGCGGUCUGGGUUCGGCUCUUCGGGCGCGAGUAGCGGCGGCGGCGGCAGCGGGCUCAAUGUGCUCACCACGCUGCUGAACGAGAUGCAAGGGUUCGAGCAGACACAGGGCGUGUUGGUACUUGCCGCUACCAACCGCCCGCAGGCACUGGACCCGGCACUGCUGCGGCCGGGACGGUUUGACAAGCUGAUCUACGUGAGACCACCGGACGAGACUGCGCGGGUGGCCAUCUUUCGCAAGUUUGUGGCCACCCGCAAUGCUGCGCCAGAUGUGGACGUGGCGGAGUUGGCGGCGGAGACGGAAGGGUUCUCGGGGGCAGAGAUUGCGAGGAUCUGUAGUGAUGCGGGCUUGAAUGCAUGGUGGAGGGACUCGAAGAGCGAAGAAGGGAAGGGGAUUACUAUGGAGGAUUUGAGGUGCGAGAUUAGGACUGCGCCCAGGAUGAUCACUCGAGAGAUGCUGGAUGCGUAUGAGGCUUGGGCAAAGAAGUUCCUCAAAGGGGCCGUUUAG